GCUCACCACUCCACAACCCCAUUUCAAAACCUUCUCUCCCACUCUUUCUUCCCCUCCCCCCUCUCACUGAUAGCCAUGAAAAAGCUCACUCCAACUCACACACUUCCUCUUCCUCUUCUCCUUCUCCUUCUUUUUGUCCCCAUCUCGGUUUCCGCCGAAUGUGAAUGCAAUUCGGAAACCCUAGACCAUGACAAGUUCAAAGUCCUCAAGUUCAAGCUACUUGCGAUAAGUUCAAUCCUCAUAGCAAGUUUCCUUGGUGUCUCCCUUCCAAUGUUGGGCAAGAAAAUUCCGGCUCUAAACCCCGAAAACGACAUCUUCUUCGUGAUCAAGGCUUUUGCGGCCGGUGUGAUUCUAGCAACAGGGUUCAUCCACGUGCUACCGGAUGCUUUUGAGAGCUUGAGAAGCCCUUGCCUCAGCGAAACCCCGUGGGGCAGCUUCCCGUUUACCGGCUUCAUUGCCAUGCUUUCGGCGAUUGGGACGAUGAUGAUCGACACCUUUGCCACCAGCUACUAUAGAAGAUCAGAUUUCACCAAAGCACUGCCAGUGAAGGAGGAUGAAGAGAUGAAUGGGUUGCACGAGGGUCAUGUGCAUGUUCACACACAUGCCACACACGGCCAUGCUCACGGUUCUGGCGCGAUUGCACCAGAGGAUUCGAUUUCUUCUUUCGAAAUUGUUAGGCAUCGAGUGAUAUCACAGGUUCUGGAGCUGGGAAUUUUGGUUCAUUCAGUAAUUAUUGGGAUAUCUUUAGGUGCCUCACAGAGUCCCAAGACAAUCAAACCUCUUGUAGCAGCUCUUACUUUCCAUCAAUUUUUCGAAGGCAUGGGCCUUGGUGGGUGCAUAACUCAGGCCAACUUUAAGUCCAGGGCCAUUGCAGCAAUGGUGCUUUUCUUCUCCUUCACAACCCCAAUUGGAAUUGGUGUUGGAAUGGGAAUAUCAAACAUUUACAACGAGACCAGCCCAAGUGCUCUAAUCGUGGAAGGAGUUUUCAACUCUGCAUCAGCUGGGAUCCUAAUAUACAUGGCUCUGGUUGACCUACUAGCAGCAGAUUUUAUGAACCCUAGAAUGCAGAGCAAUCUAAGGAUCCAGGUUGGGGCUAAUAUCUCACUUCUUCUGGGCUCUGGAUGUAUGUCCCUCUUGGCCAAAUGGGCAUAAAUACUUUAAUGUAAUCAGGGCUUUUUCGUGUUUUGUGUUUAGGCUUCUUUGUGUACUUUCAUCUUGUAAUAUAGUCUAACGGAAUUUUGGUAAUGCUCAAUGUGUUAGUAAAAAUAAUCUAAUUCUUCCAUCCACAA